CUUUCCCAGCGAAGGGGGAAAGAGCAAGAGGACUAACUCCUCCUCCUCCUGGUUCUCCUCCUGGUUGGAAGGGCCCAUGGGUCGGCGUGCCCCGCUCCCUCGCAUUUACCCCGCGUUGGAUUCGCGGGACUGAAAUGGUGCUGAAGGGAGGAGGACCCAGUUGCCCUGCAUCCUUCGCCCCAUAGAAGAAGAAGAGGAGGAGGAAGAGGGGGAGAGCGAUGCCGCAAGGCACGGCGGCGCCCGGAUCCGCCACUGAUCCCCGGUUGCAAGCGGGAGGAUCCCCGGAGCAGGAGGUCCAGCCUCUGCUGUGAGACGAGAGAGCCGAGGAGAAGAGGGGAGCGCCGCGGCGUCGGGGCUGGAUCCCUGCUCCCUGGGCGCCUCCGGGGCGCUCGCUUGGCUCGGCUCCUGCUCUCUGCCCGCCUGCCUCCAUCCGUCCCCGCAUCCACCCAGCCCAGCGCCCUCCUUCUCCCCGCCUGGGAUCCGCGCCGCCGCCGCCGCUGUUGCGUUUACUGGAUGCGUAUGAAUGAGUUCUGCACCGAAUGGGCGCAAAAAGCGCCCCAGGUCGGCGGGCUCCAUCUUCCAGAUCAGCAAAACGCCGCUGCAGGGAGGCCGGGAGGCUGAGCGCCGGGGAAGCGCCUCCGAGGGAGCGCCCAAGACCCAGAGACUGGCCCUGGACGACUGCAAGAUGCUUGUCCAGGAUUUCAACACCCAGGUGGCUUUGUACCGUGAAUUGGUCAUUUCCAUUGGGGACGUUUCGGUCAGUUGUCUAUCUUUACGUGCUGAAAUGCAGAGAACUCGAACCAAAGGAUGUGAGAUCGCCUACCAGGCACACCAAAAGCUGUCAGCAAUCUCUGGCCCAGAAGAUGGGGAAAUUCAUCCUGAAAUCUGUAGAUUGUUUAUCCAGUUGCAGUGUUGCUUAGAAAUGUAUACAACAGAGAUGUUAAAAUCCAUAUGCCUACUAGGAUCGCUUCAGCUUCAUCGGAAAGGAUUGGAGUCUUGUUCAGCACCCAAGGUCAUAGACAAUAAACUAGAGGAGAGUUCAGAGGCUCCUAUUUUAGAAGACACGUCAUCUUCACCAAUAGACAUCCAGCAACAUUUAUGGCAGGUUUCCACAGAUAUUGAAAACACAGAGAGGGAUAUGAGAGAAAUGAAAAACCUUUUAAGCAAACUCAGGGAAACUAUGCCUUUGCCACUGAAAAAUCAAGAUGAUAGCAGCCUCCUCAACUUGACUUCGACUCCUUAUCCAUUAGUGCGGCGACGGAAGCGGCGAUUCUUUGGACUGUGCUGUCUUGUCUCAAGCUAGAUGACCCAAUACAAAAGUGCACAGACGAUUACAGCCAAUACAAUUUGACCUUUAUUGGGAUAAGCCUAAACGCUCUGAGUGAUCGUGUAUGUUUUCUACACUGCCCUAAUUAUAUUUCUUCCCUCUUUUUUGAGAGUUUUACAGUUUGUUGCCGAUGAGAACCAAAUCCAGAAUCCAAUUUACCAUUCAAAUAUUUUUAAAGUUUUUUUAAUGGCAUACUGCAUGUCCACUUUAAACCAUUGUGUUAUCAGAUGCAAAUAUUAUAAUUAUGAAAUAAAACAUGCAGAGGGUUUUUAAUUUAGUGUACAAACCACCACUGAUUGUGUACAGUACAAUACUUAUGACUGUAGCUCUUGCUAGUAUGAUGUUAAACUAUUUGAACAUAUUCUAUUAAGCAAUCCUAAUCCAUAGGAAACUAUUUAGAACAGCAAACCUGUGCUCAAGUUCUAAACGGCUAAAAUAAACAGAGCCAAUAUCUUAAGAGAACAUGCACAAACUCUCCUAUUGCUUUUUGUGCUCUCAUUCAUAUUUAGUCUUCCACUCUGUAUCUCAGCUUAUACAAAUCUCCAUAAAUACAAUCUUAAUUUCUAACUCGCAAGCAACAUAACAUUAAUAUGUUGUUCCUGUAAAUAUCAGAUCGUUAUAUCUACAUAUUGUACAAUGCAUAGAAAUAGCUGAUUUACUUUUUAACCCCUGCCUCCACAAAUGUAUCUAUUUCUAUUUUGGGAAGAAAGGACUGUAACAUUUUAAAAAAUUGUGUAGGAAACGAUACAAUCUACAAAUGUAAAGCAGAUUAUCCCAUUUUGUUUCCAUUAAAGGUUGAAGCAUGGUGUCUGAACAUCAACUUAGUGUUGCUGCUUAUAGGGCAUGCCAGAUGUAGCUCCAAUUGUAAAAUAUUAAACAUUUUACAUUGUUAAUAAAUAUUUUUUAGUUAAAUUAAA